AUGCUCUCUCACCUCGCUCGCGCUUCCCGCCGCCCGGCGCGGUUCUCAUCCCUCUCUGUCCCGGCUGUUUCUAAUGCGCCCCGCCGCACCUAUGCUGACAUCGUGGCCCCCGACAAGGAUGAAGAGAACGCGGGCAGGACGGUCAUGACGUUCGAGCAGUGGAGGGAGAACGUGGCGGAGAGGUACAAGUACCCAACGAAGCCGAAGAACUGGAUGGGGAACGUGCCGUUCCCGCAGAACGAGACGUUCAAGCCCCCACCACCAGUGUCCGACGCGGUCCGGCAGGCGAUAUGGCAGGAGUAUAUGGCCAAGCCCACAGACUCAACCAUUCGGAUGAUGGCGCAUCACCAUGGGCUCGCGCUGUCGCGAAUCGACGCGAUCCUCAGGUUGAAGGGUCUGGAAAACCAGUGGAAAGAGUGCUGCGUGGCUGGUCUGACCGAAUGCUCUAUCGCGUAUGGGUCCGCAGGAGAACAAGCCGAUCCAGACGGGCUUCUGAAGAACAUGGAGUACAUUCUUGGUGUUUCGAGCAAGAUCUCGUCACGACCUAGAGAUGCUGGGAUUUCAUUCGGCGAUGACGCUGUGGAAUCUGAUCUUGUAUCUGAGGUCGCCAGCAAGGUUGCUCGGGAUAGAUACCAGCGUCUAUUCUGGGAGGCGACUGUGGAUGGCGAGGGCGGUGGAACAGUCGUAGCUGAUAGAAUAGCAGCACGGGAAGCCAAGGAAGAGGUGCUGAAGUCCAAGGAGGUUCUUGAGCCGGCACUUGUCAUCGAGCGGGAAGGCCGGACUUCGAUCAAGUUUGUUGACGUUGGUCUGAAGUUCAUGGACCUCAAAGACCGGGUGAAGCGGGUGAAGGCCGCACAUCGACGGAAACAGAUGAAGCAGAAGCGGCGGGAUAAGGCUGCAGCGGCCGCGCCCGCAGCUAGCCCGGAGGUCGCCUCUGCCCCCGCAUGA